AUGGGGAAGAAAGGGAAGCGGGAGAAGAAGGGGAAAGGGGCUGAGAAGACAGCUGCUAAGAUGGAGAAGAAGGUGUCCCGCAGAGCCAAGAAGGAGGAGGAAGAUCUUGAAGCCUUGAUAGCAGAAUUCCAGAGUUUAGAUGCUAAAAAGACCCAAGUAAUUGAGUCAUCCUGCCCACCCCCCUCACCCAGGCUGAAUGGCUCCCUCUCUGCUCACCCUGAGAAAGAUGAAUUGAUCCUUUUUGGAGGUGAAUAUUUCAAUGGCCAAAAAACGUACCUGUAUAAUGACCUCUAUGUUUACAACAUCCGGAAGAGCAGCUGGGCUAAAGUCGAGAUCCCCAACCCACCUCCAAGGCGAUGUGCUCACCAGGCAGCAGUGGUGCCCACAGGUGGUGGGCAGCUCUGGGUGUUUGGCGGGGAGUUUGCAUCUCCCAGUGGGGAACAGUUCUAUCACUACAAGGAUCUCUGGGUCCUGCAUUUGGCUACCAAGACCUGGGAGCAGAUCAAGGCAUCAGGAGGUCCCUCUGGACGAAGUGGACAUCGAAUGGUUGCUUGCAAAAGACAGCUGAUAGUCUUUGGAGGUUUCCAUGAGAGUGCAAGAGAUUACAUCUAUUACAAUGAUGUCUAUGCCUUCAACCUGGACUCCUUCACCUGGAGCAAGCUGGCUCCUUCGGGGAUUGGGCCUGCUCCAAGAUCGGGAUGUCAAAUGUCUACCACUCCUGAGGGCAGCAUCAUCAUCUAUGGAGGCUACUCCAAACAGAGAGUGAAGAAAGAUGUUGACAAAGGCACUCUGCAUACAGAUAUGUUCCUGCUGAAGUCUGAAGGUGUGGGCAAGGAGGAAGACAAGUGGGCAUGGAGUCGGCUCAACCCCUCCGGAGUGAAGCCCACUCCCAGGUCUGGCUUCUCGGCGGCAGUCGGUCCCAACAACCGCUCCCUUCUGUUUGGAGGCGUGCAUGAUGAAGAGGAGGAGGAGAGCAUCGAGGGGGACUUCUUCAACGAUAUUUAUUUCUAUGACAUGGGGAAGAACCGCUGGUUUCCUGGGCAGCUAAAGGGACCAAAAUCAGAGAAGAAGCAGCGAAGACGUGGCAGACAAACCAAGGCACAGGGUGCUGGAGAUGAGGAGAUGGAGAAGCCACCUCCUCAAGGCCCAGUGGAGAUAGUCAAAGAGGUGGUGGCAGAAGAUGGGACUGUCAUGACAAUCAAGCAGGUGAUCUCUGGACCUGCAGAUGAGAAGGAGAGAUCCGAAUCAGAGGAGGAGGAGGAGGGUGGAGCCUUGGGGCAGCAAGUGGAGCCGUGCCCCCGCUCGAACGCCAUGCUGGCAGUGAAGCAUGGGGUUCUCUAUGUCUAUGGGGGAAUGUUUGAGGUGGGCGAUCGCCAGGUCACCCUCAGUGACCUCUACAGUAUCGACCUGCACAAGAUGGAAGAAUGGAAGGUGCUAGUGGAGAUGGACCCAAAAGCACAAGAAUGGCUGGAAGAGUCUGAGUCGGAUGAAGAAGAUGACGAUAUCGAAGGUGCAGAAGGAGGGGAAGAGGAAGAGGAGAGCUCUGAAGAGGAGAGUGAAGAUGAGGAAGGAGAGGAGCAGCACCCAUCUGUUCAGCCUGGUGAGAAGCAUGCAGACUACCUCUCCAGGACGGAGCAGUACUGGAUUCAACUGGCCCGCAGCAACAUGGGCCCGGAUGCCAAGGAGAAGAAGGUGGUAAAAGUGGCACAUGCCAUGGCAAAGACUGUCUAUGAAGAUUUAGUUGAGACUGUUCCAUGAGUGAAGAGGAA